GUAUGGUUUCUUGUUGUUGCUGCUCUUGUUGUGGUCAUUGAGACACCCCUUCUCCCUUCUCUUGCUCGCUCGCUCCUCUCCUCUCCUCACGCCGCUCAUCUCGUCGCGAUCCACCGACGAGUGGAUCUGAUCUCAAGUCGAAGCAGGAUGAAUGGCGCCGCCGUCGGGGGGAGGCAGAUGCAGCAGCGGGCCGGGAACCAGCUCCACCAGCGGCAGUACUCGUCCGACCACUUCUUCCCCGACGCCGGAAACGGCGGUGGUGGCAGCAAGUGGCUCCAGCCGGGCGGAGUAGCGUAUUCUCAGCAGGUGGACUACUCGAGGAUGCUGAGGAGCAUGCACAAGGGAAUGAGCGGGGAAUUCUCGAUGUCGGGGGAGCCGCUAACGCCGCCUUUGACUUCACGGUCCUCCAGCCAGAGGAAGAAUGGGGAGGAAGUGUCGCCGAGUGAGCUCAGCCCGGGGAUCUUGGAUCUCCACUCCUUUGACACUGAGCUUCUCCCUGAACAGGUGACAGGCGCUGGAUUCGGUGCAGGCCCACUUGGUUAUGGUAGAAACAUGGAUGAAUUAGAGACGAGCUUUUCCAGUAACAAGCCUAUGAGUCGGAAUUUAGGGCCAUCUGAAAACACUCUCUUGAAAAGUUUCUCGGUUGAUAAAGAAAAAACGAGUGCUGUUGCCAAGAUCAAAGUAGUGGUCAGAAAGAGACCUCUUAACAAAAAGGAAAUAGCAAAGAAGGAGGAUGAUAUCAUCACAAUAGUACCAAGUACCAACUCUCUAACUGUUCAUGAGACAAAACUUAAGGUUGACCUCACUGAGUAUCUUGAGAAGCAUGAAUUUGUGUUUGAUGCUGUUUUGGAUGAAAAUGUCUCAAAUGAAGAAGUAUAUCAUGAAACUGUUGAACCUGUUAUCCCUGCCAUCUUUCAACGUACAAAGGCAACUUGUUUUGCUUAUGGACAAACAGGUAGUGGAAAGACAUACACCAUGCAACCGCUACCACUUAAAGCAUCACAAGACAUUCUGAGGCAUAUGCAUCAUACAUACAGAAAUCAAGGGUUUCAUUUGUAUGUCAGCUUCUUUGAGAUAUAUGGAGGAAAGCUUUUUGAUUUGCUAAAUGAUCGGAGGAAGCUUUGUAUGAGAGAGGAUGGAAAGCAGAAAGUUUGCAUUGUUGGUCUGCAGGAAUAUAGAGUGUCAAGUCUUGACACCAUAAAGGAUCUCAUUGAAAAAGGAAAUGCAACAAGGAGUACUGGCACAACUGGCGCAAAUGAGGAAUCAUCACGUUCUCAUGCGAUACUCCAACUUGCUAUAAAAAAGACAGUAGAUGGCAGUGAAUCUAAGCCUGCUCGAAUAGUUGGCAAGCUCUCAUUCAUAGACCUUGCCGGAAGUGAGCGUGGUGCAGAUACUACAGAUAAUGACAAGCAAACAAGAAUAGAAGGUGCUGAGAUCAACAAAAGUUUGCUUGCCUUGAAAGAGUGCAUUCGAGCCCUUGACAAUGACCAGGUUCAUAUUCCUUUCAGAGGGAGUAAAUUGACUGAAGUUCUAAGGGAUUCAUUUGUUGGUGAUUCACGCACUGUAAUGAUCUCAUGCGUUUCUCCAAAUUCUGGCUCAUGUGAACACACUUUGAACACUCUCAGAUAUGCCGACAGGGUGAAGAGUCUUUCUAAAGGGAACAGCAAGAAGGACCUCUCAUCUGCAACACUAAAUGUAAAAGAAUCAGUUUCUGCUCCCAUAUCUUUCUCCAGAUUUGAGGUUAACAGUGGUGAUACCGGCGAGGACCAAAAACCUGGAUGGUCCAAACAAGUUGAAAAGGAAGUCUUUUUGUCUUACAACAGUGUUUCCAGCGGGAGAGAAGAGGACCAAGUAAUUUCUUCACAUGCUAAGCAUUUUCGGGCAAAUAGUAGAAGUUCCUCAACUGCAGAGGUGUUUGAUUACUCCGAGGAGGUAUACGAGCCAGACAAACCAUCUUGGAGAAAAGGAAAGGCAGAGGCAUAUUCAGCUGUAGCUGCGGAUGGGAAGACAAGGAGAGUUGACUCUCUUGCAAAACGAAGAGAGAGUCAUAAUGAAGAUGCCAAUUGUUUCGAUUCUGACGAUGACCUAAAUGAGCUUUUGAAGGAAGAGGAGGAUUUGGUGAUGGCCCAUCGGAGACAAGUGGAGGAGACAUUAAACAUUGUUAGAGAGGAAAUGAGACUUUUGGAUGAAGCAGACCAACCUGGUAAUCAGCUAGAUGAAUACGUAUCUAGAUUGAAUGCCGUACUCUCCCAGAAGGCUGCAGGAAUCGUAAAUUUGCAGACUCGAUUGGCUCAUUUCCAGCAGCAUUUGACCGAGAAGCACGUUCUUGUUUCUUCCCUCCGCCCUUGAUUUGAGAGACCAUAAAUUGAAGCUGCUACUAGCUUCAUCAUUGAAACAGUGGCUGGUCUGAGACUGAUGCAAGAUUUCGUUGCUGCUGGCUUCUGAAUUAAAGAGCAGAAGCCAAUAAUAUCCUACCGUGGGUAUGAUUACUGAAGGAUCUUUACCCCUCAGUGCAUUUUGGGCAAAUCAGUAUCUUUGGCUAGUUAAUGUUGUUGGUGUCAGCUCUUUUGAAAGGAUUUUGGUUUGUUUGCUAUUUUUUCCUUUGUUUUUCUUCUCCCAAUGGCUAUUGUUAUGAGAUAUAUAUAUAUAUACCCAUGGGAGCAAGAAGUUAUAUCGAUUGGAUACUACUCGGAGAUGCAAUGUUAAACUACUCUGUUGCUUAAUCGUCUAAAGUAAAAAGAAGAAAGAACAUUCUGUAGUUUGGGACACUUCACUACAUUUGUGUUUUAUUAAUGAGAUUGUAUCCAAUAACAAUUAUCCUAAA